CUGCUGCUGUGUGCUCGCUGUGGUGCUGUGGAUGCUGCUGCAGUGCCGUUCUCGCGAGGUGCACGGCAGCCGGCUCACCAAGUUCUCACCCACUACUCCCCCGACUGGCAAUAUUUGUCGGCUGUGAUAGUUAUGCGCCUACCUUGCGCAGCCGGCCUGGUUGUCGCGGCGUGUCCGUGCGUUCCUGGUUUCCUGCUACCGUUACCAGCGCACGAUGUGGGUCAUCAGGGUACACUCUUCGCAAGGCAAGGGUGUGCGGCGACGCGUUCAACGAGGGGACGAGAGGCGACGGCGACUCGGUUGUACGUUGGUGGCAAGAUAUUCGGCGAGGAUGAGCCUCCACCACCCCCGCAGGGCCAACCUGGACUUAUCAAGCCAGCCGUGAAAUCCAACCGGAAAGAAGACGAGGAGGGUGGAGAAGAAGGCGGUUCGGGUGAGGCUGGAACCGGGGAGAAGCGGAAACGGAGGAAACGACGGAAGAAGUACGACUUCUCGGACGAUUUAGCGGCGAGGGAGCAGGACGAAAAGAGAUUAGCGGAAGAGCUUGCUCGAAAGUUUCCGGAUAUCGGCCGGGUGAAGGUGGAUAAGUUUGGGAAUAUUGUUGGAGGUGUCGAUCCCUUCGAAGGCACAGAUGUCAAGCUAGAGGAUCAGCCAAUACCGGAUGAUGACGAAAAGGAUUUCCCAGAGGUGGCUGGUGUGAUUGCAGGAAUGGACGAUCCCGCUGAUGCGCCUUGGAGGCUGGAGGCGGAGAAGAUUGUCCGAGACCAGGUGCAGGCGUGUGGGCUCACCUGCUACGAUAUCUUGUGGACCUUUCACAGGUUGGAGGUUACCGUGACAAGAGCAGAGGGCGAUGGACCCAUUGAGGAAGCAGCAUAUGUGGAUAGCGACAAACUAAUGCAGGCCAUCAAGGGGGUGAACGCUGCGUUAGAGGCGAGGGAAGAGGAGUUGUUCGUGCUGGGGCGGCACGAGCUUGUGGUAGCAACGCCCGGAGCCAAGGACGUCCUCACAACGGACAAGCAGUUCAAGGCCUACAAGGGGUUCGAAGUCAUCGUGAAAGCGGGAGGACCAUUCAAGAAGAAGCGCGAGUUGAAAGGAAAACUACUUGAGCGUACUUUCGACGAGCUCAUGAUUAUGAAGGCAGGGCGAAAAGUGCGGAUUCCUUUGGCACUUGUGGACGAGGUCCGCCUUCCUCCGGCGCUCGUCGAAGCCGGAGACGAGGUUUUUUGAAUCGCCGGCUGCAAAGAAUUCUUUGUCACCCCUUGAAGAGCAACGUGCAGUAUGGUAUAUCAUGUGCAACGUAUCUGGAACCGAGUUUACGCGAGUAUUGCGCUGAGAGGCUGAGGUUGGUCGCACAGUUAUCAACCCUCACGCAGCGUUUUGGCGCAUCACUUGGGAAUGGAAUAUGUUCCUGGUGACUGACGUACACCCUGUAGUGACAUUAAAUUAGAAUAUAUCAUGAGAAACCUGUGUGUUCGGCGGAUCGUUUGAUCGGAGCGGAUAUUUAUUAUCUUGUUUACGAGAAAAUGCGAUGCCGUCAAGAUUUUGCAAAGCAUUUUGAAAUAGUCUUUUUGGUCGAGUGUGGGGUGCACUUUUUUUCCAGGCCGGUAUUGAACAAACCACGCCGAGGAGCUCAUGGAGAUUUGACCUUUUCUUCAGUUGAGUCGUGUUGGGACUUAUUACAAAAGCGCAUGAGGCGACCCACUCAUAGUUUCGUAUUUUGAGGAGAUGUUCACCGAACGAAUUGGACCUGCACCUCUACCAAGUUGAAUACGCGCGAGUGAU